CCCCCACUUCCCCACGCGACCCUGCAACAGACCCUACACUGUGAAGCUAUCGAGCACCAAAGCUAGAGUCAGAAGGCGAGCGGGUCCACACCAACCGCGAUAUCUUGUUUGAGACUCCACGACUCUACGCGAUCUUUCGCCGCGCGCCAAAAGCAGCAGCUGUUUGAAGUUUGACAACAGCAACCAACGACAUGCCGAAGAUCAUGUUCAUCCGCCCGGCCGUCGUGGGGGCUGCGAUGCUCUCCGCCGUGCUGCCCGCGCCCGAUCAACAAGUGUCAGCCUUUUCGCCAGUUCCGGCGGGCCUAGGUACGUCGUCUGUUGUUGGGCGAGGGCAUCAAAGAGGUUUCUUUUCAAAUGUGCGCGGAAAAUCCGACUCCUUGCAAAUGGCAGCCAGCGCCGAACAGCAGUCUCGUCGUGAGGGGGCGAUCAAGACGACCCCCCCCCCGCCUGUCGUAGCACAUCCGCCCUUCGACCUGCCCCUCGUGCUGGAGGAAUGCCCGAUGUGUAUCCCAGACCCCGAGGUUCGCGAGACCGACGCCGGGUACGCGCUCACCUUCAACUUGCCGAGCGGAAUCAGCGACACCGGAUUGGAGGUGUCGGUCAGUGGACGCCUGCUAACCGUCGAGGCCCGGACGACGCGCGAAGAGAACCACGACGUGAUCAGCAAGUCGGCUGACAAGGGCAGCGAAGGUUCCAAGGGAUGGGUCAUGACUCGAUGCACAACCAAGACGAAUGCCGCCGCGCGCUCCUUCACGCUCCCGGAUAGCGUUUCCAACGAGGUCACCGCUUCCUGGGGCAACGACAACCAGGUCGUGAUCAACCUCACCAAGGUCGCCCACUACGACCCGGUCAACGCCGGCGGAAUGAACAACGUCUUCUCGACCAUGGAAGACUCGGGGGUCGUUCCCGUCGAGCGCCGCCACGGCGACGACCAACACCCGUCCGCCUCGUCCUCCGCCGCCGAGUACCUGUACGGCUCGAAGCUCGACGGUGCCAGCCUUAAGCCUUCGAGCAUCCUGGAGCUGGACCUCGAGUUCCGUAGCCUCGUGAGGGACAUGUGGCACGGCGACGGUUCCGUGAGGUUUCCCACGGAGGAGCAGGUGGCGGCCACGGUCGCCAGGGCCCGGAAGGAGAGGAAGAAGAUCGUCAAGGCCCUCAGGAGGGCCACGAUGGCCACGGACGUGUCGGAGAAGGAGCUGGAGUACGUCGUCAAGUUUGCUCUGCCGCAGGGCGCGACUCGCGACGACGUGGAGCUGAUGGUGACGCCGGACAACAACGGGCUUCGCGUGGCCUUCUUCGGCGAAGGCAACCACAUGGUCUCCAAGGCCGUGUGCCUGCCGUCGGACGCUUCGUUCUCCGACAUCUCGGCCAGGUUCACGCCGGAGCCGCGCAAGCGCGGCCGCGGUGGUGCUGCCGGUGGCGGUCUCGAGGGGGGCAAGAAAUCGCGCAACGUUGCUGGGCUGGAGGUCGCUGUCGGCAGGGCCGCCCCCCAGCUGCCCAAGAGCAUCGAAAUCAAGUAGUAGUCCAGCCGACGACAAGCACUUCUACUGCUACAACGGCUGCCCGGCUCGGUAACUCUGCGUUGAUGUAUGUUGGUUUUUUUUUCCUGGGGGUUGUUGUAUAAUGUGAUGCCCAUACGGGGGAGCAGAGUUUUUGGUUGCGUAUUUUCGUCUGUCAAAAACCAAUAUGUAUCAAAUGUAUUCUGCGGCCGUAGGGGGCAUUCGGUCGUGGGGGAAGACGUGGCUGACACGUGGCUUGAAGAAAAGAUCGGGCGACGUGCAGGUGUCUGCCGUCGAACCGUGUGAUGUUUUGUGGCGCAUUUUUGUAGCAGCGAAACGGAAUUAUGUACGGCGUGUGUGGUAACCUGGGCUGGUUGCCGUGAAAUAGAGGCGGUGGACAUAAUGUGUCGCCUGUCGAGGUCUUUUGUUUGAUUUACAACUAGAAUGACCAAAUUUAGUUUUUCGUGCUACUUUCCUGUACAUACAGAGGCGCCAGGCGUCGACGUCCUUGGUGCCACAUCGUGGAUGAAAGAAAGGCACAGUUCGAAACCCUGAGCAUUUGUUGUAGAUAAAUCGGAGAUGAUGACUAUGUCGAGGAGUGGCGUGGUGUUGUCUUGGGAGCAAGACGACGGUGAGUGGAAUAUAUGGCGAAACUGGCCCCCGUCUGGUCUACCGUAGAAGUUAUUUUUAAGACGUGCGUGCAGUCGAAGGCAGGGUGGCACUGCCGCAACGUAUGGUGUACAUCGUUUGUCACGAGAUCAGGAAGGACGGGUGCAAGGGGGACAAGCGAGUCGAUAGAUGGUACCAUGGUUUUAAAAACACAAGGUGUAGCGUAGGGACAAAAAGCGAUAUUGGUGUAGCAUGGAAGGGCGCGAGAGGGGUACAUACCUCGGGAACCCCCCUACUACCCUUAUGGAGCGUGCGGAGCGGGUGUGGCGGGGCAACGAUUGUCGAUCGGCUCACGUUGUGUGUAGUGCAUGUUUAGAGUUGUGUGGAAAGAUCGUGGUACACACUCGGGUUUUCAUGAGCAAAAAAAACAAUUACUGUCUCUCUUUCGAUCUUGAAGGUGUCCGUUGGUCGGCACGUAGUUGUCGCGCAAACAACGUUCACCUGCUUAAAAAAAUACGUCGGUUACCCCGACGCUAACCC